GAAUUUAUAUUUUCUGAGCUCUCAACUGAAAGAGUGGGAUCCAAGUAAUAUUUAUAGCAGCAAACACUUUGUCUUGAGUCCAUGUGCGACACUGUCCUAGACUCCAUUUUUAUGUCUUCCGAGAGUGUCUAUUCUCUACAGCCAUCACUACGAUAUUCCUAUCUUUGCAUCCAAUCAUUCUUCAUUCCUUCACUCUAAUCACCACACUUCGCAAAUUCCCACUUCCUAUCUGAAUGUCCACCUCUCUUCAAUGCAACUCAGAAGCAGCAAAUAACACUUUUGUGUCGGCUGCAGCUAGUCAACGGCUAGUUCGGUGACCUUGUUACCGACGCAGGCCUUUCAUCAUUUAAGACCAAAACGUUCUUCCCUCUAUUCAAGAAAAUAAAUCAUUUAUUGGUUCUAUUUUUCUGUAAGUGGAACGUCCUUUAACACGAUAAAUUAAUGAUUUUCCUCUUCCUCGGAAUCUCAAAACAAUUGCAGAGCAAAACCAAUUUGUUCCUUUUUCAUAUGUAAAAAUGUUACUACUAUGCUAUUAAUUUUAGCUGCAAGAAAAUAUCGAGAUGUCCCCAUCAUAACUUGGAAACUUCUAUUCUCGUUUGUUUUAAGCAAAGAGAUGAAUCCUUCAAUAAAACAACGUUUGAGGUUGCUACUUUUAUAUGUAAUUCUGCUUCGUCUUUGUUGCACGAGUUCUUAUCCCACGCCAACAAACUGCACCGACACAAGCCGCGUUUGUACUUCUUUCAUGGCCUUCAAGCCUAAACCGAGCCAAACCUUGGCUGUGAUACAAAGCAUGUUUGACGUGUUGCCCGGUGAGAUCACUUACGAAGACAAUGGCUGGGAUUAUUUAUUCAUCAGGAAAAACUGUUCUUGUGAUGCUGGUAUGAAGAAAUUUGUGUCUAACACCACACUCACAGUGAAAUCCAAUGGAGGGUUUGUGCAUGAUCUGGUGAAGGAAGCCUAUGAUGGGCUUGCUCUCUUACCCAACACCACAUAUGGGGCAAGAAAAGAUCAUGGUGUCAUAUCACUGAACUUGUUCUGUAGCUGCUCCAGUGGACUGUGGAACUAUUUGAUGAGCUAUGUCAUAAAAAAUGGGGACAGUGUUGAGUCACUAGCAAGCCGGUUUGGGGUUAGUAUGGAUAGCAUUGAGACAGUGAAUAAUGGCAUUGACAAUCCUGGUAGCUUCUCUGUUGGUGCUCUCUAUUAUAUACCUUUGAAUUCGGUUCCUGGUGAGCUUUAUCACUUCAAGAACGACACUCCUCCGGUUCCAGUCCCUUCCCCCUCUGUAGAUGGAUUUUCAGCCGACCAAAUCAACCAGAAGGGUCGUAUGCCCCAUGAAUGGAUCGUAGGAGGUUUUGCUGUUGGUCUUGCUCUGAUAAUAUUGAGCGUUGUUGUCUGUUUAUUCCUGAGAUCGCCUGAUUGUUUGGUUGAAGCCAGAAAUAAUGCAACAAAUUCUGCAGGAAAGAUCUCUAACAAGUUCUAUGUUUUUGGCAAUCCAAAUUUGUUUUGUGGAUGUGGCAAACCUGUGGACCAGAAGCAAACUGAUGGUGAAUCCAGCAGUCACCAAAUUACCGUAGCAACCAAAGCAUCGUCCCUAAUACCUCACAUGUUGGACAUGGAUAGGCCUGUAGUUUUUUCAUACGAAGAGAUUUUUGCCUCGACGGAUAGUUUCUCUGAUUCAAAUCUGCUUGGGCACAGAACACAUGGUUCUGUUUACUAUGGUCUCCUUCGUGACCAGGAAGUUGCUAUUAAGAGAAUUACAGCCACUAAAAAUAAAGAACUUAUGUCAGAGAUAAAAGUUCUGUGCAAGGUUCAUCAUGCUAAUCUGGUAGAAUUGGUCGGCUAUGCGGCUAGUCAUGAUGAUUUUUUCCUUAUUUAUGAGUAUGCUCAAAAGGGUUCACUCAGCAGCCAUUUGCACGAUACUCAAAAUAAGGGUCAUUCAUCUCUUUCUUGGAUCACAAGGGUCCAGAUUGCACUUGACGCUGCUAGGGCCAUUGAAUACAUACACGAACAUACAAAAACUCGCUACGUCCAUCAAGGUAUCAAGACAAGCAACAUAUUGCUUGAUGCUUCCUUUAGAGCCAAGAUAUCAGAUUUUGGGUUAGCAAAACUAGUUGGUAAAACAAAUGAGGGAGAAACCACAGCAUCCAAAGGUGUAAAUGCAUAUGGAUAUCUCGCUCCAGAAUACUUUAGCAAUGGCCUUGCAACGACCAAAAGUGAUGUCUAUGCAUUUGGUGUUGUUCUUUUUGAGGUUAUAUCAGGGAAGGAGGCCAUCAUUCAAACACAAGGUCCUGAAAAACGACCAUUGGCAUCUAUUAUGUUGGCAAUUCUUAGGAACUCACCCGAUUCCGAUAGCAUGUCAAGCACAAGAAACCUCGUUGAUCCUACUAUGAUGGAUCUGUAUCCCCAUGACUGUGUACAUAAGAUGGCCAUGCUGGCAAAGCAAUGUGUGGAAGAGGAUCCCGUAUUACGCCCUGACAUGAAGCAAGUUGUGAUUUCCCUCUCACAAAUCUUGCUGUCUUCUGCUGAGUGGGAAGCCACUCUUGCAGGGAACAGCCAGGUAUUCAGCGCUCUUGUUCAGGGAAGAUAGUUUACACACCAUCAUCGUCAUUUCC